AUGUCCUCUGUUGUUGGGAAGGUUGCCAUCCUUCAAUCCUUGCAGACACUUAAAAUCUAUGAGUGUAAGAGACUAGUAGUUUCAAUUUCAAGUUUUCCCUUGCUGUGUGAAUUAUGGGUUAAAGGGUGUGAAGAAUUGGUGGAUGAAGGUUCUUUGUCUGCACAAAAGGUUCCCUUUUUGAAAUAUGUGUCUCUUUCAAAUAUUUCAAAGUUUAAUAUUUCAGCAGAGAGGAUAAUGUUGAGAUUUGCAAACUCUGAAACAUUCAAGAUCUCUGGUUUGAAGGAGUUGGGAUCUUUAUCUCAAAAUGGGAUAAGCAUAGUUGGGCAUCGUUUCAUCACGAUUUCGGAUUGUCCGCAAUUGGUCUCUUUGGAAACAGAGGAGGAGAUAUUGCAACUUAACAAGAUUCCAGGUGUUGAAUCUCUGGUAAUAGAGAGUAACUUUCCUCCUGCUUUAAAAGAGCUGGGGAUUGUGAAUUGUGUGAAUUUGCAAUAUUUGGUUGAUGAAAAAGAAAAUAAUAAUAAGAGUAUGAGUAGCAGCACUUGUCUUCUUGAGCGCUUAUAUAUAACAAGCUGUCCAUCUCUAAUAUGGUUAUCAUCAAAGGGCGAUAUAUGCAAUCGGUUUCAACAUCUCCAGAUUGAAAGGUGUUCAAAGCUAAGUAGCUUAUUUUUAAAUGCCAAGUUACCCGUAAUGCUUAAACAGCUUCUUAUUCAUUAUUGUCCGGUGUAUGAAUGCAUAGCCCAAAACUUCCUUGAAACCACUGAUCUCGAAAGCAUUCGUAUUUGGGGUGCUGAAAAUAUUAAAUCUUUACCGAUGGGAUUAGACAAGCUCAGCCAUCUUCAGGAGAUUCAAUUAAUUUUGUGUCCAAAUCUGGUUUCAUUUGAAGAAAGUGGGUUGCCCAUCACAAAUCUCAGAGUUCUCACUAUUGAGGAGUGUGAAAAUUUUAGAGCCCUUCCCAAGUGCAUCAACAACUUCACCUCCUUUCAAAAUUUAUCUGUGUCGGAGUGUUCGGCUGACAUAUCCUUUCCAGAAGAGGGUUUCCCUACCAAUCUCACAUCACUUGCAAUCUCAAAAGCACCCAAAAUUUAUACAUCACUUGUUGAAUGGGGAUUUAACAGACUCACCUCCCUUCAACAACUCACCAUCAGCAGUGAAGGAUGCUCACGUGUGGUGUCAUUUCCAGAAGAAACGAUAGGAAUAAUGCUGCCUCCUUCUCUCACCGAUAUUAGCAUCUGUAGAUUUGAAAAUUUGGAAUUCAUGUGCUCCAAGGGCUUACAACACCUCACUUCUCUUCAAAAAUUGCACAUCCAUGAUUGUCCUAAGCUCGCCUCUCUUUCAGAAAAUGAUAUGCUUCUCUCGCUUGAGGAGCUAUAUAUUUCCAAUUGCCCGUCGCUAAAAGAAGGGUGCAGUAGGGGUAAAGGACGAGAGUGGUCCAAGAUUUCCCACAUACCUUAUGUUACAAUUAAUUUUAAAAUAGUCAUCCCGAGGGAAUUAGGUUGA